AUGAGGGUCUCAGCGGCAUUUAUAGACCUCCCCGCCCCCGAUAUCAACCCGGGGCGCCCCCGGAAUGUCCAUGAGGGCAAUAUAUUUGACCAUGAGGGUGGCUCCGAGGGGAUUCCACCUUUGGAAUCCCACCUGGAGCUUGUGGAUGACAAUAUACCUUGGGGAAGCUGGGAAUCACCAGCACUGCCUCAGGAAGAGGCAGUUUGGGAAACAGCCCGGGCUACGGAAACGGGCCAUCAAAAUGCCAGCACUGCCCUGGCUUCAAAUCGAACUCGAUCUGGCCGCCGUAUCACUCAGCCGGCCACUCGAGAAGUUGAGCUUGUGGCAACGAAAGAGCCGCCUGUCAAAACGGCAGCAAAGAAGCGGAAGCGUCUGAACCGCCAGGUGAAUAUAGUUUGCACUGGCUGUUACCGAGGACACAGCCCCUCGAACAAUUUGAUUGUUCUAUGUGACACAUGUGAUGCUCCGUGGCAUCAGAUAUGUCACAAGCCAAAUAUCGGAAAUGAGGUUAUCGAAAUCUCGGAGAUGAAUUGGUUUUGCAUCAAGUGUAAACCUGAGCAACGUCAGAUGGCUCAAAAGAAGGCUGUAACGAAAGUGAAAAAAGUUGGACGCCCGAAGAAGCAGCCUGUGUCUGAAUCUCAAAUGGGUGGAAAUCUUUAUUCAGAAGAAGAACGACGGGCGUAUCUGUCAUCUCUCUCGCAUGAUUCCCUAGUUCAGCUUGUAGUGAAAGUCUCAAACGAGUGGCCGUCGGUUCCUAUGUUUCCCACCAACAUGCAACCCGUGUCUGAUUUCACUCCCUCGCCAUUUGCAACUCCGCACAACCAUCGGGCUUACAAUCCUACACCAAACAAAACCCCUCGUUCUGCAAUAGUCGAUUGGGAAAAUUUGAACCCCUCGCCUGAGAACCCUAACGCCAUGGAUUCAAAGGGCCCCGAUACCACAGCCCUUGAAGCUACUGCCCUGGAUACUGAUAAACUCUUUGUUGAAGCGGUCUCCGAUGCUGCCCCGAACCCUGCUCCUCCAGCGGCUCUUGGUGGCAUCACUGCGGACCAUGUUUUCACCAACAUUUCUCAUGCGCAUACUUCCACAACUGCACCCCAGCCUCCCACCACGACAACUCCGCAGAAUCCUUCUAGACCCACGCGCAGAAGUACAUUUCAAGCUGCGCCUGCAGCUACACAUGCUCGCAAGGCCUCUUUCGACUCCUCGAACUCUGACCUGAUCACCGACGACGAAUCAUCCUACUCCCAAUCACGACUGCAAUCUCCCACUCCAUCUGUGGCUCAGUCUUCACACGUUGGGUCCCAGCAUGAAUCGGAUUAUGACCCUGAAGAUUACCGCUCUUACCCCGAAGCUGGUCAGGGUUUCCACGUGCGGUCGACCCCAAGUGAUCUCAACAUCAUGGCCGAGGAUAAGAAUUGUCUUACCUUCAGUCAUUCUAUCCGAGGGUCAGGUUAG